AUAUCGGACAACUGCGAUUUGAGUGUCUGAAGUCCACAGGAUAGGGAGGAGUGAGUGGGUGAAGGAAGGAAAGUAAAGGAGAGAGAAAAUGGUGGGUGGCAGUAGCAGUGUGUUAAGGUCUUCAAUGAGUUCAUUUCUAUUACCCACUAAACUACCAUUAGGCAACAGGAUUACCCUGCUUCCAGUUUCUAAUACUGCUUCAUCUCGGGCCACUCACUUCAUCAAGUCAGAAAUGUCACUUUGUGUUGGAACACAUCUUAUACCUCAUCCAAACAAGGUCGAAAGGGGAGGAGAAGAUGCUUUCUUCGUAAGCAGCUUUAGUGGUGGAGUUAUAGCUGUCGCGGAUGGAGUAUCUGGGUGGGCUGAACGGAAUGUUGAUCCUGCAUUGUUUUCGAGAGAACUUAUAGCUAAUGCAUCCUCUAUGGUGGAUGACACUGAGGUGAACUAUGAUCCACAGGUUCUGUUGGGGAAGGCACAUGCUGCUACUUCUUCAAUAGGUUCAGCAACAGUAAUUGUCGCUAUGAUGGAAAGAAAUGGGAUUCUUAAGAUUGCAAAUGUUGGAGAUUGUGGACUACGUCUUAUUCGUAAAGGACAGAUAAUGUUUUCGACAUGCCCUCAAGAACAUUAUUUCGAUUGUCCUUAUCAAUUGAGCUCAGAAACUUCUGGUCAAACAUUCCUAGAUGCCAUGGUGAGCAGUGUAAAACUGGAGGAAGGAGACAUUGUAGUCAUGGGAUCAGAUGGGCUAUUCGACAAUGUUUUUGACCGAGAAAUUGUAUCAACUAUUGGCAGUAACAGGGAUGUUACUGAAGCUGCCAAGGCAUUAGCUAGGCUAGCUAGAGAUCACUCGAUGGACUCCAGUUUCGAUUCUCCAUAUUCAUCAGAAGCUCGAACCAAGGGUAACGAUGUGCCGGAUUGGAAGAAGAUGCUAGGGAUGAAGUUAACAGGGGGAAAACUGGAUGAUAUUACUGUCGUCGUUGGAGAAGUUGUAAAUCUUACAGAAAGCUCCUGGGUUUAGAUUAACAAAUUACAUCAAGGUGAAGCAGCCUCUAGCAACGACGAAUCAGAUACUUUAAAAAUUGGGAAUGUAAAUUCAAUAUCAAGGUAGCAAUUUCUCUGUUUUCAAAUGUUAAUGCUCAAAAUUUUGCCUGUAAAUUGUUGUCUUACUGAUCACUUGUCCUUAGAAUUUGAGCUCUGCUUGACACUGCAAGCACUUGAUGAACUCGAUCCAAGAUUUUUCUAUAAUCUUUAUGAGAGAUUGAAUGACAA